AUUCCUGUUCUCAUUCCGAGCAUUCUUCGCAUCUCUGUCCGUGCGCUGUCGAUUCACGUACACAUAUCCGGCUGGCCCAGAAACACAACAAUAACUUUACACAGUUUACAAAAAAAUUUAAUAUCCCACAUUAGACAAACAAAGGGGGACGAAUUGUAUUACAAAUAACAAUAACGGAGGUGUUUGAGUUGGCUCAGCCGGGAGUUGGAGAUUUCAGUGGAACAUUUUCGGAGCAGUGCAAAAACAUUCUGCUGAAAGACUUGUUGCUCCAACACCUUUGGUCGUGUAUUUUAUCCAUCGUCCCUUGAAGUCACUUUCUCCUACAUGAAUUUCAUCCAGAUUUAAGAGUCUAUUUGACAGUCCUGACAGCUGGUAUAAAAAGGCUUCAACUGCUCCUGUGCAGGAAAUACCAGAUCUCUCCCUACUGUGCUCCAGGCUUCGGCUUGGAGAUCCCAAGCACCACCAUGGACCCCAGCAGCUGGAGCGGCAGUGAGAGCCCUGCCGAGGACAUGGAGAGGAUGAGCGACUCGGCAGACAAGCCCCUGGACAAUGACGCCGAGGGGGUGUGGAGCCCCGACAUCGAGCAGAGCUUUCAGGAGGCGCUGGCCAUCUAUCCCCCCUGUGGGCGCAGGAAGAUUAUUCUAUCUGACGAGGGAAAGAUGUACGGUCGGAAUGAGCUGAUAGCCCGAUACAUCAAGCUUCGGACUGGAAAGACGAGGACGAGGAAGCAGGUGUCUAGUCACAUACAGGUCUUAGCAAGAAAGAAAGUUCGAGAAAUCUCAGCUGCCAUCAAGGUGUCUAGUCACAUUCAGGUUCUUGCCAGAAGGAAAUCUCGUGAGUUUCAUUCCAAGCUAAAGGUUACAAGCAUGGAUCAGACCGUGAAGGACAAAGCCCUCCAAAGCAUGGCCUCCAUGUCCUCGGCUCAGAUCGUCUCUGCCACCGCCAUCCACAACAAGCUGGGCCUGCCAGGCAUCCCGCGCCCAGCCUUCCCCGGAGCGGCAGGGUUUUGGCAGGGCAUGAUAUCGACAGCCCAACCUGGAUCAUCACAAGACAUCAAGCCGUUCACCCAACAAGCAUAUCCCAUCCAGCCAGGAGUAACAACAACGAUUUCCAGUUAUGAGCCCACGUCAGCCCCAGCCCCCACAGUCCCAGCGUGGCAUGGCCGCUCCAUCGGGACAUCCAAGCUCCGGCUGGUGGAGUUCUCUGCCUUCCUGGAGCAGCAGAGAGACCAAGACUCAUACAACAAGCACCUCUUUGUGCACAUCGGACAGACGAACCACUCCUAUAGCGAUGCCUUGCUGGAGUCAGUGGACAUUCGUCAGAUUUAUGACAAAUUCCCUGAAAAGAAAGGAGGACUGAAGGAGCUCUUUGGCAAGGGUCCCCAGAAUUCCUUCUUCCUCAUAAAAUUUUGGGCUGACUUGAACUGCAACAUUCAGGAUGAAGUGGGGGCUUUCUAUGGAGUGACCAGUCAGUAUGAGAGCUCCGAGAACAUGACAAUCACCUGCUCAACUAAGGUGUGCUCCUUUGGCAAGCAGGUGGUCGAGAAGGUGGAGACGGAGUAUGCCCGGUUUGAGAACGGACGCUUUGUGUACAGGAUAAGCCGGUCUCCCAUGUGUGAAUACAUGAUCAACUUUAUCCACAAGCUCAAACACCUGCCUGAAAAAUACAUGAUGAACAGUGUCCUGGAGAACUUCACCAUUCUAUUGGUGGUGACGAACAGGGACACACAGGAGACUCUGCUGUGUAUGGCGUGUGUGUUUGAGGUGUCGAACAGCGAGCACGGUGCACAGCAUCAUAUCUACCGACUGGUGAAGGAAUGAGACUCCUGAACCCCCUGAAUCCUCCCUUUACAUAGACUAAAGAACCUCAAAACAAAUUGACAGUGCCUCUAGCUGAAAAUCACACAUGCACUGCUUUUCGGUCACAUUUUGGGCGAGGCCUAUUGUUAGUCAUUUCUUUGUAUAUUAAUGUAUGUAUUUGAUGUUUGACUGCAGCUGUGAAUUGCGGUACAGUUGUUCUAUGUUUUGAUACAGGAGAAGUUCUUCAUUUUAAGGAUGGCAAGUCAAUCUUUGUUUGUAGGAUGUACAUAUAAAAGAGGCAGUAUGUAAGGAAUCUGUUGGUUGGGUUUAAUUUGGUCAACAGACAUUAUGUGUAUGUUGUCUUCUUCCUCUUUGAUCUUGUAAUGUACACUUAGAAAACACUAGAAAGAUGUUGUCUGUUCCCCAUGGGUUCUGUAAACUAUGUGUAUAUCUGUAGUUGAUUUGUGAGCGUAUAGGUCACAGGAGGUUGGUGGCACCUUAAUUGGGGAGGACGGGCUGGUGGUAACGACUGUAGUGGAACCAGUGGAAGGGUAUCAAAUACAUCAAACACAUUGUUUCCAGGUGCUUGAUGCCAUUCCAUCUGCUCCGUUCCGGCCAUUAUUAUGAGCCGUCUUCCCUUCAGCAGCCUCCUGUGGUAUAGAUAUACAAACCGUACAUACACACUUGACCAAUUGGUUUUCCAAAGAAAAGCUUCUUUUUUUAAAACAUUUUGGGGAUAAUAAAAUUGCUACACGAAAGUUAGUCGAAGGCAGGUGAUUGUGGGCACCAUAAUAGUGAAGUUAUUGCUUUACAAAAACAUCUGUUUCUUUCAGGGAAAUAAGAUACCGAUCCCUGUGGACAAUCCACGGUCUUAGACACUAACAGCAGAAUGAAUGCACUGUGAUUACACUACAGACGCCUAGCUCAACCUGUGUCUCUGCCUCAGACAGGGCUUACAAGUCUUACAUUGCAAUAAGGAAACCAUACAUCUGUCCUGUUCCAGUGUCCGACUGAGUCAUUCAAAUGGAUUUGAUUCUAAAAACAUGAAAGCACUACUUUAGCUACUCUGAGUGGACUGCCACCUUGUCCUAAGCACUUGGUUCCCCUUCUAGGACAUGCCAAUUUUAACUUGUACCUUUUUCAUUUAGAUGUGUGAUUUAAGGUUUUAGGAUAUCCUGAAAUAACCAUGAGAAAAUGGAUCACUUCUUAGACAGCGGGCUGUGUUCAGUAUGCAGUUUCAUUGCCUCUAAACAGAUGAUGCAUUUUUUCUGGCCAUUGCAGUGUAAUUUCUACUAAGUUCUAGCCAAUGUCGCUGCCUUUACGUUUACACCACCCCAUGAAUCUGUGGCCUACACCAAUUCCGAGCCUUAAACAUGUUACGGACGUGUGAAUUCCAAAAGAUGCCACUAAAGCUGUGAUCUCUUUCCUAAGCUGGGUGACUAAUUUUCACAUUUUGUAGGAAUUCACCUACAGUACAAUCUGCCAAAGUGUAACAGUGUACAGUGCCUUAUUGUAUGGUGUCAAACUGGCCUUGGUUCACUUUUAAGAAUGUAUUUUGUUUUUAACACGCACAAAAAAUAUAUAAAAUCACUCACCAAUAUACAUAUUGGUACAAAAUUUUACCACAAACAUGCGAGUUGAACUGAGUUACUUUUUAACAUAAAUAAGAACUGACUUUGCCUUUCCUGUUCUGAAAGACCAAAAAUACAGAGAUACAUACGAUCUCUAGUCAUGUCCUGCACUGUAGCAUGGAAGUGCCUUUGGUUUAAAAUCUCCAGCAAUGAAAAUAGUAAAUAAUUAUGAAUUAAGUGUUGCUAAACCAAAAAGAGAUGUAAUGACACCAAUCACCACAUUGCCUUGCUGAAGGUUUGUACUAGAUGACAAGGGACAGUGAGUGAGUCGAUCAAUGGUGAAAUAAAUUAUAUAUUAAUAUAAUUUGGUUUUAAGAAAUUAUCUGUUAAGAAGAGUACCUGUACUAUACAUGUGUGUAAAGUUAGUCUGUGAAAGGCCUGUUUGACCAGACAGCAACUGAUAGAAUGGAGGAUGGUGACUCGUUCCAGCAGCUGUAAAGUCACAUAGGCUUACAACUUUACCUUAAGAAGAGAUACAUUUUUCCUGAUUCUUACUAAAUUAUUAAUGGGAACGUCUCAUUCUGAAUCAUUGCAGAAAAUGUUUCUGGUGGAUACAGACAAUGUUGGUUCAAUUGCUCAGUAUUUUUGCUACAGCCCUAUGGAGACUGGAGUUCAGUAGGCAUAUGUAUUGUUCCUUUGGUAACUGUCUUAUCUCCCUUUUUGCCCUGUGUACUAGUUCACGUUUAGGAAUGACUUACUGAGGUGUUCCUGUUUUAUUGUUCUACGUGUAUAUGAUGGUUUGUGAUUACAUUUUGGGUAUAUUCCAAGCCCCAAGAGGGUGGUGAUGCUGUUACGGCUACACUGCUGGUACAUUUGACCUGUCAGUUCCAGGCUGGAACAGCUGACUGUACCUCCCACGUCUCUGGGGACCAGAAGACUGUUGCCUUUGAUCAGAUGAAUUGUCUAGAGGACACUCUGAAAACAAUGGACACAAAGCAUAAUAACAGAAUCUCGACACAAACAUAUCAGCAGUUUAGCUCUUGUUGUUAUUUGUUUGUAAUUUUGUCUAAAUGUAGGUACUGGUACCUUUUUUGUUGGUUAUUACCAUUUUAAGAUGUUGGUUAUUACCAUUUUAAGAUGUUGGUUAUUACCAUUUUAAGAUGUUGGUUUUAAAGUGAACUUUUCCAUAGUUCAGAUAGUAUCAUAAAAACAACUAUUGGGUUUGUGUGCAGACAUUUUCUUUGUAAAAAAGGUGCUUUGUAUAAAAUGAUAUAUCCUGGCUUUUCUUGGUACAGAAGUGUGAUAACUUUUCAUAUCCACGACAGUAACGCGUUGGAGCAAGGGACAGAAAACAAAACCUGCUAUGUGUAUGUGUUCUCUACUGCAUAUGGUCUUGUCUUUGCUCUGUAACAUUUUGAUGCCUUCUUGAUAAAGUGGUCAAUAUUUUGUAGCUUUCUAGAUACUUUGUAUGUAUACAAUAUUGAAGUUAAAUAAAUCAGGAAAAAUAUGGUC